AUGGAGCAUUUGAAGAGAGCUAUUGGACAUUUGAAGAUGUAUUUCUUGUCCUCCAUCUCCUGGAAUAGCAUGAGAGAUGAUUCUUUGAUGCUUGAAAUUUCGGUGAACGAUCCCCUGGCUUGUUGUGAGGGUGUUGACGGUGGAUCUCCAGUGGUUUUGGGUGAUGUUGGGGAAUUGGUUGCCAUGGGUAGAAGAUGGGUUAGAGGAUCCUGGUUGGGAGGGAGGGGAGGAGAUACAAAAGUAGGAGGGUGGAAGGGGAUUUGCGGGGGAAGGGAUGAAAAUUUUCCAUUAGAGUUUUUGGAGAAGUGGCUAGAUUUGUUGAGGAGUGGAACAACUUUGGAGUUAUCGAAGAGGUUGGAGAGAGGGAAUGUUUGUCCCUGGCAUCAGCCGUCUGGACUAGAUUCAGUCUCCAUUUCUCAUCAAAUGCUUCCUCCUUACCCAGACGAGUCCCUAGAAGCCGAUGAAACCCUACGCAAACCUCCCAAAGCCAAUAACAACGACUUUCUCAAGAAUGCACUGAGCAAUUUCCAGUACCAGAUUUCUACACACCCACGUUUCUGGCUUUUCACCUUCUUCCUCUUCUUCCAACUCGUUGUUCUCAUUUUCACCCGCAAUUCCCCCUUCCCUUUUUCAACCCACUCCCCACCCCACCACUUCCCUUCAGAAACUGCAUUAUUUGCCGACAUACAGAGACCCCCCCAUCAUGAUCCAAAUGUUAUUUAUCCAUUCGGAGAUCCCCAAUGCGAGUAUGGUCGUGUUUAUGUUUAUAAUCUCCCUUCCAAAUUCAACAAAGACUUAGCUUUAACUACCUGCGACGAUCUAGACCCAUGGAAGUGGCAGUGUGGACUUGUCACCAAUGACGGAUACGGAAAAAGAUUAACGGACCUCGCCGGAAUCUUGCCGGGAAAUCUCUCCGCAGCGUGGUAUCGGACAAAUCAGUUCUCAUCGGAGGUAAUAUUUCAUUACCGGCUUUUAAACUACAGAUGUAGAACAAACGACCCGGAUUCUGCUACUGCUUUCUACAUUCCGUUUUACGCCGGACAGGCUGUAGGGAAAUACCUAUGGACGGAUGAAAUUGAAAACCGUGAUUUGCUUAGCAAUAAAGUAUUGAAAUGGGUCCAGAGGCAAAAGUACUGGAAAAGAUAUAACGGGUCGGACCAUUUCCUGACUCUGGGUCGGAUAACGUGGGAUUUCCGGCGAUUAGGUGACCCGGAGAAACUGUGGGGUUCCACUUUUCUCAAUCGGCCACAGAUGCAGAACGUUUCGCGUUUCACCAUCGAGAGGGCUCCGUGGGAUGCAAAUGAUAUCAGUGUACCUUACCCUACUGGAUUCCACCCUCACUCCGAGAAAGAACUCAGGGAAUGGCAGAACUUUGUGCUUUCCUAUAACCGCACGAGUCUUUUCACGUUCAUUGGCGCGGCGCGUGGGGAUAUCAACAGUGAUUUCAGAUCGAGGUUAAUGAGUUACUGCAGAAACGAGUCGGACUCGUGCCGAGUCGUGGAUUGUGCCGUGACUCAGUGCUCUAACGGUUCGUCAGAAAUCCAAAAAGCACUUUUGAGCUCCGAUUUUUGCUUACAGCCGAAAGGGGACAGCUUGACUCGGCGGUCGGUUUUCGAUUGCAUGGUGACCGGUUCAGUGCCGGUUUUUUUCUGGCGACGAACGGCUUACACGCAGUACCAGUGGUUUUUACCGGAGAAACCGGGGAGUUAUUCGGUUUUCAUAGACCCGGAAGCAGUGAGAAAUGGAACGGCGUCCAUUAAGGAAAUAUUGAAAAGUUACAGUAAAGAUCAAGUAAGGAAAAUGAGGGAGAAAGUAGUAGAAACAAUUCCAAGAAUAGUGUAUGCAAGGCCAAGUGGAGGUCUUGGGAGUGUAAAGGAUGCAUUUGAAAUUGCAGUUGAAGGAGUAUUGAAGAGAGUCAAGGAUGAAAAUGAAUGGAAGGAAUACGUUGAUAUGGGCAGUUGA